UGUGAAUAUAUGAAGAAAAUAAGAGAGCCAUCUUUGAGGAAUACCAAACACGCAUGAAUUGACCUUGUUCCUGUUCCAAGUUAACGAUUCUAAUUCAUGGAGGAGGCGAAACCGAGGAAGAGCUUGACCGGCAGUAGCAGCAGAGAGUCGUUGAAGACCAAGAAUCCGUUUAGUCGUGUGAAUGAAGAAGACGACAGCAAAAGCAAGACAGGAUUGUCAAUGAGGAAGUCGUGGUCUACGGACUCGCUUGGUCUGCUCGGUAACAGCAACACGUUGGGGAAGACAUGCAUAUGUGCUCCAACAAAGCACGAAGGGUCCUUCCGUUGCAGGCUUCACCGUACAUCGGCCACAAGCCAAGGUGCAAUAGCUACUACGCAAAUUCAUCUCCCAAAGCCCUUGCUUCCUUCUAGUCGUCUCAGUGACUACUAGUCUUUUGUAUUGUUCACAUGGUAUGGCUAUGGUCUGAUUGAAGAUUGUUACAGUUUCUUGUUAUUCACAAAAACCAAUAUGGUGUGGUAUUCUUUUUAUACAUGUGAUACACAUUGUAACUCAUGUGUUCCUGUCUGUAUGUGUAUGUUAAUGCUGUUUUUUUUUUUUGCUUGGUUGAUUUGGUUUGAUCAAUUAAUAAGGUAAG